AUGCCAGUAAACAAUAGCAACGUAGUCAAACCAAUGAGUAACACAGGUCGCUUUGGUCCUCAACCCGGAGGAGGGAUACUAACACGAACCACUUUGCCCGGCGUAAAUCCAGGACAACAAGUAACAAGACCGCUCACUACACCAUACCCACCAUCAGUAGUACUUCAACGACCAGUAGGAGGUGCAACAGCGCUGAACAGGACUAAUGGACGCUUAGCUACUUUAUCAUUACCUAUGUCUUCAUCCUUCAAAUCCUAUUCUGAUCCUUCCCAAAUCAUGCCAAUUCAUUCCCAAAAACUUAAUUAUCCCUCCCUCUCCACCAACAAUCCAUUCCAUGUAGGAUCGAAUGCUCCAUCAUGGAACUACACUUCACCAGCAACCACACUAAAUCAAUCUCUCUCACUCCGCCAGCACCAACAACCCUUCUCGCAAUAUCCAAACAGUCUAUCGACCGAUGACUUUCCCGCAUUAGUUAGCUCAAACACUUCAUCUACAACCCCUGCUACGCCGACGAGUACGACUGCCCCAACAAUAACCGGAACAUCUUCCACAAACGCCACUUCAGCACCGAAUGCCAUUUCUUCUUCCAGCGUGCUCAAUUCGACGCCCUUCCCGUCAGCAGCGCUUCCAUCAAGUACAAAUAUUGCACCUUCGUCCACUCUCGGUUCUACAUACGCAACAACUGCAAGUACGGCACCCUCAUCGAAUGGUUCGAAUGCCGGAAUAGAUGGAAGACUUAAUUCUGGUCAUCCUCGACAAAGCCAAGAGUUUAGCAUCGAUGAGUUUCCCGCUUUGCCAAAUGCCGCGUCAAACAAUAGGUUACAAAGCGGAGGUCAUACGCAAAACGUUGAUGGGUUAACCCAUCAUCCUAAUGGACUUGCCUUGGGUGGCGUGACAGCAGUCGGUGGUGUUUCUGGGCAGGAUUGGCGGUUGGGUCUUGGCAGUGUAAGAUCGACAACGCAGCCGUCUAUGAAUUCGGUUUCCGAGCAGGACAAAAAGGCCUAUUUGUCAAAACCGCUUGUGUCGUCAGGUGUUACGAUGCAAAAUGCGACUUCUGUAGUAUCGAAUAUGCAGCCGUACAUUUUAGGAUCAACACCGUCACAACAACAGCAACCGUCACAAAUUUCCUCGUCCAACAAUCCGUCAUCAUCUUCGCCAUCUCAAAACCCGCUAUCUUCGUCCCAAGCACCGUCACAAGUUCCGUCUCCGUCGCCUACUUCGCAACAGGGCCAAAUGAUACAGACAGCACAGACAACACAACAAUCGUCUUCAUUACCGCAAUCCCAGUCCGUAUUAAAUGACAAGUAUGGGCUGCUGGGUUUAUUAGAUGUAAUAAGAAUGAGUAAUGAGGAUCUUACAAUGUUAGCUCUAGGAAACGAUUUGGCAACAUUAGGAUUGAACCUUGAUUCGUCAGAUGCCCUUUAUGCAACAUUCACAUCGCCAUGGUCCGACGCAUCGCUUACGCCGGGGCUAAUUGAACCCGAAUAUCACCUACCACCUUGCUAUAAUGUUCAACCACCACCGCCAGCACAUGAGAAGAUUGCAUCUUUUUCGGAUGAAACAUUAUUUUAUAUCUUUUAUUCCAUGCCAAGAGAUAUAUUACAGGAGUAUGCGGCACAGGAAUUAUACAACCGAAAUUGGCGGUAUCAUCGUGAACAUCGCCUAUGGCUGACAAAAGAACUGGGCACUGAACCAAUAACAAAAACAGCAACAUACGAAAGUGGCACGUAUAUCUUUUUCGACCCAACAACUUGGGAGAAAGUGAAGAAAGAGACAAUUCUUAUGUAUGAAUUACUCGAAGGACCACCUCUUCUUCCAUCCAUCCCAUCUGCAUUUAGUCAACAAGGAGGGGGGAUACAACAAGGGCUGAGUGGAAUGAACAUGGCAAAUUUGAUGGGACUAGGGGGAAUUCCAAAUACGAUCGGAGGGAGCGGAUUAGGAUUAGGUGGACCUCAGUUGCAGUUACAUCAUCAGUAUGCGAGUGGUGGACAACACCUAGGAGGGCCAUUACCUGGCCUUGCAUCUGGUGGGCAUUAUGCGGUGCAAGGAGGAAUGAAAGAAUUUUGA